AUAUUUCAACCGUUUUACUCGUCUUCUGACCAAUGGGCAUAUAUAUGUUAGAAACUCGAGUAAUGCAUUUCUCUUUCAUUUUCUCACUUUUUAAGAACGCGUACUGAAUUGAUCAUACAACACGUUCCCGCUGCCUUCUCUCUCUCUCUCUGUCUCUCUGUGUGGAAGAAAAACUUUAAUAGAUAAAAAGUGGUUAAAUCAAGAAACAAGAAAAGCAUUUGAUUUAGUUUUUGUGUUUAAUGGCAAAAUCGAAGAGCUGCAAUGCCAGGAAGCAGUCAUACAUAUCUGUUCCAUGUCAGAUAAUCAACUCUCUCUCCUCCUCUUCUCUCCAGUCUCUCCUCGUUUCUCCGAAGAAAAAGAACUCAAAUAGGUUCUUUUUUGGCCAUAACUCGUUCAGAAGCCCAAGGGUUUGGUUAUUCGCUCUCUUUCUCGUCGGCCUUGUUGGCAUGUUCAGGUUGGGAUGGAAUGUUGAGACUUUGAUUCCCUUCUCUCCCUACCCAUGUCUCCAAACUCAAUCAAACCCGCAUCUGGGUUUUUCUUCAAACAUCGAUACAGUUGGUAAAAAGGACGACUUUUUUAUUGCUAAUAAUAACGGUCAACCUCCUACUCGUUCGCAUUUGGAAAGUGAGUUUUGGAAGCAGCCUGAUGGGAUGAGUUACCGGCCGUGUUUGUAUUUCAGUGCCGAGUAUAGAAGAGCAAGUGAGGCCAUUGUGAAGGACAGGAGCAAGUAUUUGCUGGUGGUGGUUUCAGGUGGCAUGAAUCAGCAAAGGAAUCAGAUUGUGGAUGCUGUUGUCAUCGCUAGGAUACUUGGAGCUGCUUUAGUCGUUCCGAUCUUGCAAGUCAAUGUCAUCUGGGGUGAUGAAAGUGAAUUUUCUGAUAUAUUCGAUUUGGCCCAUUUCAAGAGAGUUCUUACCGACGAUGUGCGUAUACUAUCGUCAUUGCCUUCUACACAUAUAAUGAGAAGGCCAGUAGAGGAGAAUCGGACUCCACUUCAUGUUUCGCCUCGAUGGAUACGUGCACGUUAUCUUAAGCGGAUAAAUAGGGAAGGAGUUUUGCUUUUACGAGGUCUGGAUUCAAGGCUUUCUAAAGAUCUUCCUCCUGAUCUUCAAAAGCUUCGAUGCAAGGUGGCAUUUCAAGCAUUAAGAUUUGCUCCACAAAUCCUUGAACUUGGUAACAAAAUCACUCAGAGAAUGGAGAGCAAGGGACCCUACCUUGCUCUUCAUCUUCGAAUGGAGAAGGAUGUAUGGGUGAGGACUGGUUGUCUUCCAGGCUUGAGCAAGGAAUAUGAUGAAAUAAUCCAUAACGAAAGGAUAAGACGCCCUGAGCUUCUUACUGCAAGAUCAAACAUGACUUACCAUGAGCGAAAACUUGCAGGACUCUGCCCCUUGAAUGCUUUUGAAGUAACUAGGCUGCUUAAAGCUUUGGGGGCUCCAAGGAGUGCAAAAAUAUACUGGGCUGGAGGGCAACCACUGGGUGGUAAAGAAGCCUUGUCACCAUUAACCAAAGAAUUUCCCCAUUUCUACAGUAAGGAAGAUCUUGCAUUGCCUGGCGAACUAGAACCAUUUGCUGACAAGGCUUCUUUUAUGGCUGCCAUUGACUAUAUAGUUUCUGAGAAAAGUGAUGUUUUCAUGCCAUCUCAUGGUGGAAAUAUGGGUCACGCAAUUCAGGGAAAUAGGGCAUAUGCAGGGCAUAAAAAGUAUAUUACUCCAAAUAAAAGACAUAUGCUCCCUUAUUUUCUGAACGCUUCACUCCCCGAAGCAGAGUUCAACAGGAUCAUAAAGGAAUUGCACCAUGAAUCUUUGGGGCAGCCAGAACUCAGGACUAGCAAAGCUGGAAGGGAUGUAACCAAGUAUCCAAUUCCAGAAUGUAUGUGCAAUAAUACACUUACCCACUCGAUUUGAUACUGAUGGUUUCCAACAUGAUAGCAUGAUAUUUACAUUACAACAGAUUGCUUCAUUGAGAAUUCUUGAUGCUACCCUGAAUUUGAGCCCUUUGAAAAGUUGAAUAAUUUUUGGGGCAAUGAUGAUUCUUUGGAGCACCAUUUUGAGGAGCGACUGCAGCCUGCACACGCAUUUUUGCAAGCACUCACACUUUGUCUUUGCAUAUUUCACCCUGUUUGCAUGUGUAUGAAUGUACCCGAGGAAAGAUAGAUGCUCACAUGUAAUGAGAAUAUAUAUGAUUGUUUAUCAUUCUUUGAUUCUUUAUUGGAAGAUAAUUUUUCCCCUCAUUUUCAGAAUAGCCUUUUUUUCAGUCAUUUCUUUCUUUCCACUGAAUAUAUGUACCUCAUUAUUAUACGUGUAUAGUUGUUAAUAAAGUUGAGAUAUUAUCACACCCACUGAUAACGGAGUUGAGUUUUUAAAUUUCAUUGAAUUAGUUUUUCAAGAUUUAAAUUUCACUAAUAGUGGAAUUUUUAAUCAAGAUUUAUAGUUUUUUCAAAAUUGGUGAAACUUAGAAAUGAGGUUACGCGAUGCAAAUUUACAGACAGACUAAAAUGCGAUACUACGGUUUACAUUUACACGCUAACUUAUACACAUAAAAAAGAAUUGAGAUACAUGAGUUAAACCAUUCCUAGAAACCUAAACCCUGUUUGGUAUCAAAAACUUUUCUUUGAUUUUGAUGAAACCAAAGACUACAGUCGCCAAUCACUCCAGGUCUCUGCUUAAAAUGGAAGGAAAGCUAUUCUAGGUGGAAACUUCCCUGGCAGGGUAAGAAUCCCUUGCUCCAGCACUGUCAGAAAGGCGAGGAAGUCUUAUCAACACUUCAACAGUUUCAAGUUCAACUAAAAAAAA